CAAUGUCCAGCGCCGACCUAGCACACGAGUUCUGUUCCCAUGAUCUAUACCCCUUAUCGCGCUUGACUCACGCCUUGGGGAGCUUGCUCUCGACGACGAAGGACGCAUCACUUUUGACGACGAGGACUAGCUUUGGACGGCACGAAUCAAGGCGUACCCGGACGACUAACGCGUACACAAAAUGGGCUCCUUCUACGAUGAGAUGCCGGACUGGCUCAUGGCGUGGCUUGUCAAGCAGCACAUGUUCUUCGUCGCGACGUCGGCGAGGGAGGGGCACGUCAAUGUGUCGCCCAAAGGCAUGGAAGACACCUUCCACAUUAUCGACAAUAAGACGGUCUGGUACGAGGAUCUGAGCGGGAGUGGCGUCGAGACCAUCUCUCACCUCCGCGAGAAUGGGCGCAUCACGAUCAUGUUCACCGCCUUCGACAAGCCCCCGCGGAUUGCGAGGCUCUUUGGAACUGGCACGGUCUACGAGUACGGCACGCCCGAGUAUAACCAGUACAUCCCCGCGGAGAAGCGCAAGCCCGGCUCUCGCUCCGUCAUCCUCGUCGACAUCCACAAGGUCGGCUCGUCUUGCGGCUACGCUGUCCCCUUCAUGGAGUUCAAGUCGCACCGCAACGUGCUCGAGCAGUGGGCCGCGCACCGCGAGCGCGACGAGAACGCGGGGUCCGGGAAGGGCAUGCGCGAGUAUUGGCGCACCAAGAACACGCAGAGCAUCGAUGGGGUGCCCGGGCUGCAGUAUGCGCACGAGACGGAGGGCGAGCUCAAGAGCGUGGGUGUGCCGCCGUAUGCGAGGGUGGGCGGCGUGGGGGAGGAUUUGAGUGCCUCGGGGAAGUAUUCGAGGAGAGCUGGUGAGAAGCUGGGUCUACAGGUUGCCGUCCAGAAGGCGGAGCAGGUUGCCGUUCCGCUUGUUCAGGCUGUUGAUACUCACUAUGUUUUGGGAUUGCUUUCGGGUGCGAUAGCUGCGCUGGCGUACGUACGCUUCUUGAGCCCGCACGCUGCCUGAGGGAGCUAUCCACAUGACUUUGGUGACUCUAAUUACAAUCAUGAUGUAUGUGUACUUUGCAGUCGUUUUCCUGGAAAUUUUGGCAUGUCAAA